AUGCACCAUCAUCAGCAACCAGUUUACAUUCAACAACCGGUUUACAUUCAACAAGCUCCUGCGCGUCGGGAGACUGGAUGCUGUGGCUGCACAGGUUGCUGCGGAACACUAUGUAACAUUUUGCUCUGCUGCUGUUUGAUCGAUUUAUGCUGUAACAUAGUUACAUAA